AUGGAGAUCAUCAAAAGCCCUACCAAAAAAAUUCCAGUACUUCCUAGUCUCAAUUCAAUAAGAUAUAGAUGCUCCUCAGCUAUAAGAAUUGCAUCAAAACAUAUAGCAAUCUCUCCAGAAAGGCCAACUAAGCGAAAAGUUGCUGAUAAUGACUUAUACCCUAACAGUCCAAAUAAACCAAUUUCCCCAAUCAUGAAUAAAAGUGUCGAAGAAUUCCAUCCUUCAUAUUCUAUAAAAGACCUAUAUCUUGGAAAAUGCUUAGGCAGAGGAAAACAAGGCAGAGUCGUCCACGCAACUUUGAGAAAUAAAGAAUUUGCUGUCAAAAUUUUGCAUAAGGACGAAAAAAAAACUGGCGAAAUGGAGUGAAAAAUCUUAAACAGGCUGAAAUCACCUUUUCUUGUACAUAGCUAUGGAAAAAUAAUGGACAGUGACAAUAUGUAUCUUCUUCUAGAACUUAUGGACGGAGGCGACUUAUUUCAUCUUAUUCGAAAGCGUAAGCUGAAUAUAAAAGAAAUCACAUUUAUUUCCGCAGAAAUAGUACUAGCUGUUGAGCAUCUCCAUAAUCAGGGUGUUAUAUAUAGAGACUUAAAGCCUGAAAAUGUAAUGCUCGAUGCUUCAGGACAUAUCAAGCUUGUCGAUUUUGGACUGUCAAAAAUAAUUGACGACGAUAGAGCACAGACAGCUUGUGGGUCAGCAGAAUAUAUGGCUCCAGAAAUAAUAAGGAGGCAGCUAUAUACCUAUAGUGCGGAUUGGUGAAGCUUUGGGGUGUUAGUUUAUGAACUUUUUCAUGGCCAUACACCAUUUAGAGGUGAAUCCAAUAAAGAAGUCUAUCAAAAUAUACUGAGAGGAGAUAUUAUUUAUUCUAGAUCACUAGAUGCUACCUCAAAAGAUUUUAUUAGAAGUCUAUUAAACUUAGAAUCAGAAUACAGACUAGGAAGCUUAGAAAAUGGAAUUUGCGACAUAAAAAAUCAUCCUUUUUUUAGGAAAAUUGAUUGGAGAGUUAUCCCGGAGAGAUUACAGUCUCCUUUGCGUGAGCAUCAGAUUUGUAAAAUAUAA